AUGGCAACGGGCUCGUCGAACCCCUACAUCGGCACGAGCGCAGUGUCCAGCCUGACGUCGGUGCACCUGCCGCCGAGCCAGCCGAUGCAGGUGGCCAGCUCGCAGCCGUCGGGCUACGGCCGCGAGCCGCCGGAGAUGAAGUACAUGCCGCCGCAGCACCAGGGCCCCAACGGGCUCUCGCACCACCACCACCACGCGGCGCAGUGGGUGUCUCUGCCCACGCACGCCGAGGCGUCCAUGUGGUCGUCGGCCAUGGCGCCCUCCAUGGCCGACAUCAAGCCCCCGCAGACGGCCGACAUGGCGGCGCUCGGACACCACCACGGGCUCGGCGGCCACCCGCGCGCCCAGCACAUGGGCUCGUGGGCCGUGUCACCGCACAUGGCCGGCAUGGGCGGCAUGCACCCGCACCAGCAGCACCACCACCACCCGUACGGCGGCAUGAACGGCAUGCUGGGCCACGGCGGCGCUGCCCAGGCGCACCCUGCGAUGCGCGAGGUCCCUCACGCCGACCAGGUGCCCCCUCACCCGCACAUGGGCCACCAGGACCCCCGGGCGCUGGACCACCGGCACCCGAGCGAGAGCGGAGAGGAGGAGGCGCCUAGUUCGGACGAUCUGGAACAGUUUGCGAAGCAGUUCAAGCAGCGGCGCAUCAAGCUGGGCUUCACGCAGGCCGACGUGGGCCUGGCCCUGGGCACGCUGUACGGCAACGUCUUCUCGCAGACCACCAUCUGCAGGUUCGAGGCACUCCAGCUGAGCUUCAAGAACAUGUGCAAGCUCAAGCCGCUGUUGGCCAAGUGGCUGGAAGAGGCCGACUCGACGACGGGCUCGCCCACGUCCAUCGACAAGAUCGCGGCGCAGGGCCGCAAGCGCAAGAAGCGCACCAGCAUCGAGGUGUCGGUCAAGGGGGCCCUGGAGUCGCACUUCCACAAGCAGCCCAAGCCGUCCGCCCAGGAGAUCGCCUCCCUGGCCGACAGCCUGCAGCUGGAGAAGGAAGUGGUCCGCGUCUGGUUCUGCAACCGGCGGCAGAAGGAGAAGCGGAUGACGCCGCCCAUCAACCAGCCGCAGGCUGGGGCACCGGGCGGGCCCCCGACGCCAGACCUGCAGCUCAUGUGCCACGGGGGCUCUCCGGGGGACAUGCACCACCACUCGCCGCCCAUGCUCCAGUCUCCGCCGCCGCCUCCCUUGCAGUCCCAGCAGCCUCAGGGGGGCCCCCACGGACUCCACCCGGGCCAGUCCCUGGCGGCCCACUGA